AAAAUACGUUCACCUAAGGGAAACGAAAACUAGGAGCUACCAUCACGUCGCUCCCAAGGUUUUGAUCGGGAUAAACAAUUUCCACCUUACUCGUCCUCUAAAGACCAUCGAAGGAGCUAUAGGAGAGCCAUUCGCCACUAAGACACGCUUAGGUUGGGUCAUCUGCGGUCCACACGAGCCAAGUGCGAUAUCUACGGUAAAGCCAAAAGGUGUCCACUUGUGUACGUGUAGUGAAGUCGACAUGAAGCUGGACGAAACCCUUCGCAAGUACUUCGCAGCCGAUAACAACAGCAUCUACGGCGACCGCGCAAAGAUUCCUUCUAAGGAAGAGGAACGAUCCCUCAAACUGUUAGAAUCGACAACAAGAUUCGUAGGGGACCGUUUUGAAACCGGACUGCUAUGGCGCGCAGAUGAGGUGACUCUACCAGACAAUCGACGAAUGGCUCUGAAUAGACUGGAGUGCCUAGAAAAACGUCUGCGAAGGGACGAUGGUUUGACAGAGGUCAUCAACAACAAAUUGAAGGAGUAUCAAAUAAAAGGGUAUGUACGAAAAAUCUCCGAUGAAGAACUAAUCGCUACUCGUAACAACCGUAGGAAAUGGUAUUUGCCGAUAUUCCCCGUAUGGAACCCCAACAAACCCGGGAAAGUACGACUGGUUUGGGAUGCCGCCGCUGCAGUACGAGGCGUUUCCCUGAACACAAACCUCCUGACAGGCCCAGAUCUACUAACACCCUUGCCAUCAGUACUCUUUCGAUUUCGCGAGUAUCGAUAUGCAUUCGCAGCCGACAUUCGCGAAAUGUAUCACCAGGUAAUGAUACGUACAGAAGACCAGCACAGUCAACGCUUUCUUUGGAGAUGGGGUGACAAUAAUCGCGAGCCAGAAGAAUUUGUAAUGACGAGAAUGACCUUCGGCGCCACGUGUUCGCCUAGCAGCGCCCAAUACGUGAAAAAUCUAAACGCAGAUCGCUUUAUCGCAAAGCUUCCACGAGCAGUACGAUGCAUAAAGGAACAACACUACGUCGAUGAUUUAUUGGCUAGCACCGAAUGUGAAGAAGAUGCCGUAAAACUAGCAAACGAGGUACGAGACAUCCAUGCACAAGGCGGUUUUCAACUUCAUAAUUGGUUGUCAAACUCGAACCAGAUAGCGAAUAACCUCUCGGGUAACGUGGCAGGGCAGCGUGAGUUUAACUCAGAUACGGUAUGCGCUCAAAAGAUUUUAGGGAUGUGGUGGAACAUACAGUCUGACACGUUUAGCUUCAAGCUGAUUCCUAAACAGGAUCACGAUAUUUUAGAAGGACAUCGUAUACCGACCAAACGACAAAUACUGCGCGUGCUCAUGAGUAUAUACGAUCCUCUCGGACUACUAGCCGGAUUUCUGUUAUACCUGAAGGUUAUUCUGCAAGAAGUUUGGCGCGCAAAUAUCGGUUGGGACGAGAAAAUACCACACGAGCUAUUCCUGAAAUGGAAACAAUGGCUAGACGGCUUAACCCUCGUUCAAAAAAUCUCCAUUCCUCGCUGCUACCGACAACACAUUAAACUACAAGGCAUUGAAACCCAGCUACACGUGUUUGUAGACGCCGGUCGAGACGGAUACGCAGCGGUAGCCUAUCUUCGUUUUCAGUGUGGAGAGCACACCGAAGUGUCCCUGGUAGGCGGUAAAGCAAAGGUGUCACCGCUGAAAUAUAUGUCGAUUCCACGAAUGGAACUUCAAGCGGCAGUUAUAGGAUCCAGGCUCGCCCAGACAAUCCAACAGUCGCAUGAUCAACGAAUUGACCAACGCUUUCUAUGGACGGACUCGCGCGAUGUUAUGUGUUGGUUACACUCUGACCACAGAAAGUAUAGUAUCUUCGUUGGACAUCGCGUGGGUGAGAUAUUGGAGAAUACGACCGUCAGCGAGUGGCGUUGGGUACCAACUAAGUUAAACGUAGCGGAUGAAAGUACAAAAUGGAGCAAUUUGCAACAACACGUGAAUUCGAGCCGCUGGUUCACCGGACCAGCAUUUCUAAAGGAAUCUAUCACAGAUUGGCCACCCGUAGAGUUCCUCGCUAAGGAAACCGAAGAAGAAGCGCGGAAAACGGUUACACUACACCAAGCCUUAGAGCCGAUUUUUUCCUUCGAGCGUUUUUCCAAAUGGAGAAGGCUUCUACGCGCUAUCGGAUACGUAUGGCGAUUCAUAAACAACGCAAAGAACCCUUCGACGCGAUGCGGAGCUGCGCUUACGGCCAAAGAACUUCAACAAGCCGAGCGAUCGAUUCUACGCGAAGUUCAACGACAAGCCUACCCCCAAGAAUAUUGCAGCCUUGACAAGCAGUCAGCCAACGAGAUGAAGCCCAUAAGUCGGAUUAAGCGUAGCAGUCCGUUGUACAAACGUUCUCCCUUUAUGGAUCAAGAUGGAAUCCUAAGAGUUACAGGUAGGAUCGACGCCUGUGUCUUAGUCGAUCCAACCGCUAAAAGGCCGAUUAUUCUUCCGAAAUGCAGCGUAGUGACGGAUCUAAUAGUGGACGAUUUUCAUCAACGAUUUCGACACGCGAACCACGAUACCGUCAUCAAUGAAGUACGAACGAAAUACGAUAUUCCAGCAUUACGCAGCGUUUGUCGACGUGUACGAAAGGCAUGUACCUUCUGUCGGAUCAGAGAGACGAUACCUCGUACGCCAGUCAUGAGCCAGCUUCCUCCAGCACGUUUAGCAGCAUACCUCAAGCCAUUCUCCUUCACCGGCAUCGAUUACUUCGGCCCAAUCUCUGUUUCGAUGGGUCGCGGAAGAUCAGAGAAACGAUGGGGUGUGCUCUUCACCUGCAUGACUAUUCGCGCGAUUCAUAUCGAAGUAGCGUCCUCGUUAUCGACCGAUGCAUGUAUUCUCGCACUAAGGAACUUUAUUGCCAGGAGAGGAACCCCUAAUGAAAUCCUAAGCGACCAGGGCACGAACUUCGUAGGUGCCAGCAGAGAGCUGAUCGAAGCCGCCAAGAAUAUCGAUUCGCAAAGACUCGUAGAAGAGAUCGAUUGUCCCAACACGACAUGGACCUUCAAUCCUCCCUCCGCACCGCACUUCGGAGGAUCCUGGGAGAGGAUGAUACGUACGGUAAAGAGAACUCUGGAAAGAAUGCCAUUCCGUCGUCUCCCAACCGAUGCCGUGUUGAACUCUAUGCUGAUCGAAACAGAGAACAUAAUCAACUCACGUCCCUUAACGAACGUCAUCCGGUGUAAAACCGUUGAUUCCGUUCGACGAUUCCUCGGCGACACUUCUAAACACCUGGCGGACAUCACAAGUGUACACAAACAUGCUGUGGAAGAAAUGGUUGAAGAGCUACCUGCCAACACUCACGAAGAGAACGAAAUGGUUCGAGCCGUGCCGUCCAGUCGCAAUCGGAGACCUUGUGCUGGUGGUGGACGAAAAUCACCCUAGAAACUGCUGGCCUCGGGGUAGAGUGGUGGAAGUAGUGCAAUCACGAGAUGGAACAGUUAGGCGGGUAACCAUUCAGACCGCAAAGGGCACGCGAUUAGAACGACCAGUAGUGAAGGUAGUAGUGUUAGACGUCGGACAUGUAAAUAGUACCACGGCAAUGGAGCCGUCGCACGGGGCGGAGUGUCAACAAUAACGGCGCUAUUGUUGACAUGUCCGACAAAACGUCAAGUACGCGCUUCGGGGAAUCCGUUACGCACUUACGCAACGGGAGAGACAAUGGGAGAGAGAAUGAGAGAGAGUAAUUAGAAUAAAAGGAUCGGAU